AUGGGUCGCAAGCUUGGCCUGUUUCGCGCAGCCUACCUGGCCUCGGCCAGUUGCAUGGGCUCUUUUGCAUUCGCCUUCGAUACUGGUGUCAUCAGCGGCGUCCUCUCCCUCGAAUCCUUCCAGAAAGACUUUGGAUACACCAAAGCCCAAAAGACCAAUGUCAACUCCAACGCCGUCUCCAUCCUCCAGGCAGGGGCCUUUUUCGGCUGCUUCCUCGUCUCCCCUGUUGCCAAGUACUUCGGCCGUCGCACCGGUUUGAUUAUCAGCUCCCUCGUCUUCACUCUCGGCACUAUCCUGCAGAUCAUCAACUCUGGCACUCUGGGCACAUUCUAUGCCGGGCGUGUGAUUGCGGGGCUGGGCAUCGGCGCCGCUACGGUGCUAAUCCCGAUGUAUUCGGCGGAGAUGUCGCCAAAGGAGAUUCGUGGUCGACUUGGGGCGUGCUUCCAGCUUUUCUUUGCUAUCGGUGUUAUGAUCGCGUACUGGGUAACAUAUGCGGUCGAUAAGGAUCAGUCUCCGGGCACCAAUCAGUGGCAGACAGCGUUGGGACUGCAGCUUCUUGGUUCGACUCUUUUGCUGGUCGGCAUGUGCACGGUCAAAGAGAGCGCGCGUUGGCUUGCUGCUCGAGGGAAGCUGGAGCAAGCGAGAGAGUCGUUGAAAUGGGUCCGUGGAGGUGAGGAGACGGAAGAACUACAGAAGGAAUUCGAUGAGAUUCUCGCUGGUAUUGAGGAAGAGGCGCGCAUCAAGGAGAAUCUUACCUUUAAAGAACUUCUCCUUCCGGCGAAUCGUUACCGUCUCUUUAUCGCCGUCACCAUCCAGCUAUCUGCCCAGCUUACUGGCAACACCUCGCUGGCAUACUAUGCGACACAGAUUUUCAGCGCCGUUGGGGCUGGCAGUGCUUCCAAGCUAGUGACUGGAUUCUUCGGUCUCGUCAAGGUAUGCGGCGUCACGAUCUUCCAACUCUUUGUCCUUGAUAGAAUAGGGCGUCGGGUGCCGUUCAUGGUCGGCGCUUUUGCCAUGGGCUCGUUCAUGCUCAUCAUCGCUUGUAUCCUAGCGACACACCCGGCCAACAGCAACAGCACAUCCUCAGGACCUACCUCUGCGGGUAUUGCGUGUAUCAUCAUGGCUUACGGCGAGGCAUUCAGCUACAACAUGUCCUGGGGUCCACUUCCCUGGCUGUACGUUGGCGAGAUCUUUUCCAGUCGUACUCGUGAGUUGGGUGUCACAGUCGGUGCUGCGUCGCAGUGGCUGUUCAACUUCAUGAUGUCGCAGGUCACGCCGCAUGCGAUCAAUAAUAUUGGCUGGCGCAUGUUCUUGAUGUUUGCCAUUUUCAACUACGCCAUUAUUGGGUACUCCUGGCUCGUUCUUAAAGAGACAUCGCGACACUCACUGGAAGAGAUGCAAGAAGUCUUUGGUGGUGGCCCGAGAGUGGAAAAGCACAUCGAAAGUGCCGACCACCAAGAGCAUGUCGAACCAGUCUCAAAGGAGACAAGAGUAGGAUCUUAA